UUUAUCACAACUAGAAGAGCCCGAUCGAGGGCAUUUAAACGUUAUUAUUAGGCCAAGUAACUUGUGUGAUAUUAUAGAUUGUAGAUCUAAGUUAUUUGUCGUUUGGUAUUUUUUUUUUUAAAAACGUAUUCAGGAAGUCGUGCCUCUUUGAGAAAUUACACCUAGUCGAUAGAAGCACCAGAAGGGGGGGAAGAAAAGCUGUUGGAGCAUUGGUCAGUUUGGGAAAUUGUGUGUUGUUUAAGGUGUUAGGAGUGAAUCGAAAAGUUUUUGGGUCUAGUGCAAAGUCGUUUCGUCUGCUGUGUUUGAUUACUGCAUUGUUUCAGAUCAGGCCCGUGGAGACAGCUUGAAGGGCUCGUUCAGUUUAGACUCAUUGCUAUUGAAGAAAACCAGAGAAGUACUCUUUUUUUUUAGUCCUGAGAUCUCCCACCUUCUCUUGCUCGCCCCUUCCCUCACCGCCAGCACGGGCAAAGACGCGAAACUGCGAGGGAGAAGAAUCCGAGGCAGGCGACAAGACAAGCUGUCCGGUUGACACUGGACUUUUUCCUCUUCUCCCGCAGGAAGCAGUCAAUAAACGGCCAGUGUUUUGUUUGGAGUUUCCAUCACCGCGUAAAAAGUUGGGCAAACAAAACGGGCCCCACUCGUGGUGGAAGAAUCGAAGGAGUAACGAGCCCCAGCGCGAGAGGACGAACUAUGGACAGAUGCGUAAACUAAAGUGAAGGAACGCUCCAUGUUACAAACACGCUGCUAUAAUAAUAAACUGUCACCGUUUACUAUAAUUGACAAUAAUAAUAGUUUAAAAAAAACAACGUCUGUAACUGUUCUAAAAUUAAAACUUUACGCUUGUUUGGCUUCGUGUAGACUUCGUCUGCUGGGGAUAGCGUGUGUGUAUGUGAUAAAAAGGUCGACUCUGUGAACUGCAGCCUUAGUCUCUAAACAAAACGUUUCAAAGCAAAGACAUUCCUGCAUGCAACAAGGUCUGGCCUAAUGAUGAUAAGGUUUGGUGACUUGGUACCCGGCAUAACUUCAGACUAUUUCUAAACACAGAUACCCGAAACCUCGUUUCUUUAUAAACAACAGUUUGGAGAAAUUGAAAAGAUACAAAAAGAAGAAGAUGCGACGCUUGUCGUCUGUUAGCAGUGAGAUGAUGUGUUGUUUACUGCUCGUGGUUUUGGCGCAAGUCUCGCGGGCGGCACCUGUGGACAAAAGACAAAAGAAUAAGGUUGACAUCCUGAAGGCCAAAGGUGCUCCAGUGGUUGAGCAGCCUCUGAAGAACCAGACCGUUAUCAAUGGCUCAACAGUCGUUUUUGAUUGCUACUCUUCAACACAGCAGGUAGAGUACAAGUGGGUCAAACUGAGAAGUGACCCUGUCAAUAGAGCCAGAGACCUAGAUGGUACCGAAACCAUUCUCAGGAACUGGAGCUCGCCCAAUUCUUCUCUUGUGAUAAACAAUGCUUCACACAGUGAUGAGGGCUGGUAUAUGUGUAUAGUGAAAAACAGUGUGGGAAAAAUGUAUGCGUCUGCUCAUCUGACUGUGGUUACAACUGCUAAAAACUCCAACAGACUAAAAUGGGCUUCUGAAAUGCCCAAAAAUGUCAUUGUGAGAAAUCGUAACUCUCUGGUGGAGUUCUACUGUGGUACAGAGUUUGUCAAUGGUGAGAACCCGAACAAGCUAUACACUUUUCUCAGUCAGAUUUCCAUUAUGUGGAUGAAGAACGGACAGAAAGUCCAAACGGACAAGAGAAUCAAAACUCCUGGACAGUCACUUAAGAUAGAGGAUCUGGAGCUAGCCGACAGUGGAAACUACACCUGUGAGGUGAACUUUCAAGAAGAAAAACUUCAAUGGCAAUUUUUUCUUCGAGUUGAAACUGCCUUUCCAAGUAAGCCCAUCAUUCAAGAGCCCCUCAGAAACAAAACAGUUGAAGUUGGGUCUAAAACAUCCUUUGACUGCCAUUCUCAGAUGCCCAACGUAGAGUACAAGUGGAUUAAACUCAACAAUGUGAAUGGAAGCUGGGGCAAAGGGGCCAUUCAAGAUAGUGACCCUUAUGUAACAGUGUUAAAAAAAUGGAAUUUUACCCACAGCUCUCUUGUUUUAGACAGUGUGUCUCAGGACGAUGAGGGCUGGUACAUCUGUUUUUUGAGAAACAAUAUUGGUGAAAAUAAUGAUGGAGCUUACUUGAGUGUUGUCAGCUCCCUGAGCGGUGUUAGCUCCUCUAGAAGUACAAGUGAAAGAUUGGUAGAGCCUCCCACAAAUCUGAUAAUUAUUAUUGUUGGUGUAGUUGGUGGCUCAAUAAUGUUGGCUACGAUAAUAAUAGCCAGUGCUGUGUGUCUUUACUGCAGGAAUAAAAAAGCCAAAACAAAGAUCUACCAUAAAGCUGCCAAUAGAUUACCUUUGUUACACAAUGGAGACUCACCUGACUCAACAUUAAUCAAACCAGCUUUCCCAAUAGAUACAUCUUAUGAAUUUCCCAGAAACAGAUUAAUUGUUCAAGAAAAGCUUGGUCAAGGUGCAUUUGGAGUUGUUAAAAAGGCCAUUGCAUAUGGCAUCAAUCAAGUACCCACUGCCACUGUUGCUGUUAAAACAUUGCGAGAUGAUGCCACCUAUCAUGAGCAGUGUGAGUUUGAGAAGGAAGUAGAGGUGAUGAAGACAGUUAAAAGGAUGGGUAACCAUAUCAACAUUGUCAACUUUCUGGGCUGCUGUACACUGGAUGGUCCUCUCUUGGUCAUUGUUGAAUUCUGUAAAAAGGGAAACUUGAGGGACUACCUGCUGUCUUUUAGGACACGCCCCUGCAGUCUGUCAGGCUGGAGAGAAGAUGCAGAGAUUUACAUGCAAGGGAUGAGCCCAGAAGAGGCAGAGCAUGCCAAGAGUAUGCUAUCACAAAAGAUACUUUUAUCUUUCAGCCACCAGAUUGCUAAAGGAAUGCAGUUUUUGGCAUCUAAUAAAUGUAUUCAUCGAGAUUUGGCAGCUAGAAAUAUUUUAGUCACAGAAGACAACGUUUUGAAAGUUGCUGAUUUUGGACUUGCUCGAAAUGGAGACUAUUACAGAAGGAAAUCUGGGGGCCAGAUUCCAGUGAAAUGGAUGCCACCAGAAGCUUUACAUGAUUGCAAAUAUACUGUUAAAAGUGAUGUAUGGUCAUUUGGGAUUGUAAUGUGGGAGAUAUUCACAUUAGGAGGCAUGCCUUAUCCCUCAGUGCCCCAUGAGGACCUGUAUGACUUGCUUAUCCAAGGUUAUAGGAUGGGGAAACCUCCACUAGUUCCAGACUCAUUGUAUGACACAAUGAAACGAUGCUGGAAUCAUUUCCCUGAUGAUAGGCCAGACUUUGACAUUCUUGUUUUAAUAUUGGAAAGACAGCUGGUCAGGGUUUCAAAUGGGGGUUACCUGGAAGUUUUGGCAGAUGAAUAGAAAACCUUUUGGCUUACUUUUGAAUGCUUGAGCGGGAGCCAACUUGCCAUAACAUGAUCAUGACAGUUGACUGAUACCACACAUGGACCUGUACCACAUUAUGGUCUGGUACUUAGUUAGACCACAUUCCACAUAAACUUAUCAGCAGACUUACUCCACAUGUGUUCUUUUCCAAGUUAUCACAUAAAACCAAAAGAACUUGAUUUAUUUAGAAAUCCUUGUUGGUUGUUAAAUUAUAUGUUCUUUAAUGUGUUCAGUUUAAAAAAACAACAACAUAAACUUCUGUUCAUAUUUGUACAUUUAUGUUAAUUCAUAUUUUAAAACAUAUCCAUAAACAUGUGUUGUUAUAAAAACAUAAACUUCUGUUCAUAUUUAUACAGUAAAUUAAUCAUAUAUUUAUGAGAUAUUAUAGAAUUUUGGAGCCUGUAUUACAUUGACAAGAGUUGUAUUAUAAUUAAUAAAUUUGUCUCUACAAUAUUUUGUAUAAAUAGAAAAUGCUUAGUUAACUGUAUUAUACAUAUUUUAGAAUUGGUACCAGUCAAGUGACAAAGAGUUGUUUUUCUCUUUUGUUGUCUUACUUGUAACCAUGGUAGUUUAUAGACCAACAAUAUAGAUUAUAUUCUACUAUGUUGUUAGCUUGUCAUAUAUAUGCCUUGUUAUAUCACCACAUAUAUUGCUUUCUCUUUUUGACAUAUGCUCUAAAAAAAACACAAAAGACAAAAAAGUUUGUUGUGUAUUUUUUUUAAAUUAAACCAAAACAAAGAUUUAAAAAGUUUGUACAUAGUUUAUGUAAAUUUUAGAAACAAAUAGUUGUGUUACAAAAAAACAACACAUAAUUGAAAUAAUUUAAAUAUUUGUACAUGGCAAAAUAAUUUAUAUUUGAGCGGCAUCUAGUGAUAUUUCUGUUGUCUCUGAGUUGUUUUCUGAAGUUUUAUUUGGCAUGUGACUGUCCUGACCUAGAAAGUAUUUUUACAGUUCUUUUUUUAAUGUCUUUGUUAACACAAUCAUGUGAUAUUUGUUUUAGAAACAGAAAAAUGUUUUCUAAUAACUGAAGUUUGAUUUUGUAAAAUGACAAAAGAAAAUAGUUUGUAUUAAUGUAUACUAAUGUGAUGUGAUAUGCUCUUUGGACUGUUACUGUGAGCUCAAACCCCUGACUGCUGUCAAGUCCUGCAGCUGGUUUGGGCUUGGACAGAAUAAUCUCAAUCCAGGUCCACCUUUCGAUUGGUAAGAGUUGCGUAAAAUGACAGUGUUCAUAGAAGUUUAAACUUGUAGUUUUAUCAAAGAAUGUGAAGCUCUCCAGCUCAUCUUCAUCUGUCCAAUACAAGAGAGUAGGAAGUUAUGUUGUUUUGAUGGACAUUUUUUUCAAACUUAUUCUUAUUUUGUCCAAAAGUUUACUUGAAAAACAAACUGAGAAUUUCAUGGGAGGGAGGGGGAGGGACUGUAACUGCUCCUAACUCUUUGAAGUUACUUCAUCACUUUCUAGCUUACACCAGAAACUAAAAGCUAGAAUAGAAAAUGUGUAUUUCUGUAUAGCUUGUUUUUUUUUUUUUGUUAUAUCUCAUUCCAUAUUCACUUGAUAUCUUCUUGAUAUAUUUGGUAAUUUAUUUUGUUGUUAAGUAUUUGUUCUCACUGUUGUCCUUGUGUAACAAAACAUUGAAGCCAGUUAUUGCCUUUAUUUUAUUGAAAGAGUAUUGUUAUUAUUAUGGGCACAAACAUGUACAAAAAAUGUGUUACAUGUGACCUAGUAUCUAAAUGUAAUAAUGAAUGUGAACAAUACAUUGAUCUGUGUUAUUGAAAUGUUGCCAUUAACCUUGAAUGCAGUAUAUUGAAUGUAAUAUAUUAUUUUAUAGAAUUAUAAAGUAUUUUAUAUAUUUUAUAUUUUAUGCAAAUUAUUUUAUUCCUUAGCAAACGUGAAAGCAAAACAACCUUUUUUUAAGAUAUAAAAUAUUUUUCAAUGAUGAGAACCUAACACUGGUCUAAAUAUCUGAGGCUAUGGUGUAACAGUUUGUUCUUUAAACUCAUGAUCAAACUUUUAAAACAUCAGUUUAUGAUUAAUUCAAUUUAAAGAUAUUUUUUUUUUUUUUUUUUAAAACAUGGUCGACCAAAAGCUAAACAAAAAUUGAAUAUGAGUAAUUAUAUGAGAACUGACAUUAUUAAAACUGCUUGGCUAAGCGCUGUGACAUGAGAUUUAGUUGAAAUAAAAACCAAAGAGAGCUUUGACUUUGAAGUAGAAGCUCUAUUUGGACUUAAAUUUUUUGUGACAUUUUUGCACAGAGACUGGCCAUUUGACAAAGUUCUAGAUAGUGGCAAGAUAAAAUAUAGAGUGGAACUGAACAUUUCACAGUCUUUGUGGAGUUAAUAGGGAAACAAAAUCUUUUGAUGUUCAGCCAAUGAAAAGUAGGUACUCUGUAAAUGAUGCAUUGAACUUCUGAGGUUUAUAUUUUAAACAUGUUCAAAUAUCUCUGUUUUAAAUUAGUUCUGUUUUUUUGUUGUAUGUUUUAUCAUAUUCUUAUAUUUUUGUUUUAUAUGUGUUCUUAUAUUUUUGUUUUAAAUGUUACUUUUUAACAUUUACAUCAGCUUUCUUUUUUUAUAAGAUGUUUUCACACAAGUGUUGUUGACAGUGUUCAUUUGUUAAGAUACCCCAACUGUGCUCAACUUGUAACAUACUUGUACACAUUGGUUAGACUGUAUUUACAUCAACCAAUCCUCAUUGAUGUUCCUUUAUCAAAUGUAUUUUUUUUUCCUGCUGCUGCUAAGUUUAUGAAAGUGUUCAAUAGAUGUGUGUUCAUGUAUAUAUUCAGAUAAAACUAUUUUCUGCUACCUAUCAAACAACUAACUCUUCUGAAGUCUUAAGGAAAUAAGAGCAAAAUGCUGCUGUAACUAGAGCUUUAUCCUGAAAGAGAUUUGUGAUAGUUUUUUUUUACUUUGAUCAAAUGUUAAGCUUUAAAAAACAAAAAAAAAAUUGUGGUUUUGAAUGUUCAGAGUUUGUAUUCAAAAUGUUGCUUCUUUCAGCUGAUUUGUUAGAGAUGUUAUGAGCCUUUUAUUGUCUAUAUGCCACUUACAGCUUAAAGUGCCUUUUUCCUCUUCCUAUCAGGUAAUUCAUCACUCGGAUAGAGUUGCCUGCUGCAGUAAAGUUGGAUGUAACAUUACAUUUAAACUUUCACCAAGCUGCAGUGUUUAAUAGCAGAGACAUCUGGUGUAUAAUAAUAGCAGAGACAUCUAGUGUAUAAUAUAUAGUGUACAGGGAUCCAUAUGAACAAUGUUUUUAAUUCAAGACAAAACAUAAUGUCUGUUUUUGUUUUUUAACAAAGUGACUACAAUUUUGUAUUCCAGUUCAUUUUAUGUGUUCAGAAAACUUCCUUUUAACAUUUUUUUGUAUGAUUUUUUGUUAAAAGACCGUCCUAACUGGAAAUAAAAAUAUUAUUUUCA